UUUUAGUUCCAAAUUAUUCUUGCUUGCAUGCAGUCGAAACAUUCAAAAUGUGCAAAAUAAAAAUCAACGCAACUGUUUUCUUAAUAAUUCUUCAAAUAUUCUUGGUGGCCGCAGCUGACUUCGAAGAGACGUGUGAAUCCGACCAACGAAUGGAAGAACAAUGCCUCAAUCAGACCUAUAAAAUUGUGAAACCUUUGUUAAAUUAUUUAGAACAGGUUAAAAAUGAGUUAAAAGAAAGUGAAAUUGAGGAAAAGAAGUUUAAAGAAUUAAAUGUAAAAAUUCAUGAAAAAUCCAUGAGGGAGGCAGCUCUAUUAGAUGAGUAUAAAAACAAAGUAAUGAAAGGGGAAAUCGAUUUGCAAUCAUGUCAAAUUAAAGUUGAUAAAUUAGAAUCUGAAAUUAAUUCACUACAAAAUAUUAUUGUGAAAUUAAAAGGAGAGUUAGCUGAUAAAUCCACAAACUUAGAAAAUUGCGAACUUCAAUUCAAAAAUCUUAAUUCUACCAUAAUUGAGAAUAUUCAAAAUAAUACUGAAUAUCAGAAAACACUUGAGCUGAAUUUAGAGGAGAGUAAAACUAAAUUAAUAAAGCAAAAUAAAGAUAUUCAAAUAUGCCAAUCUGAAAUUGAUACAUUGCACAGGACAUCAGAAAAUAUCAGAGAACAACAGAAAAAAAUUGAAUUGCAAUUUAAAGAUGGUCAAACUAAGCUAAUAGAGAAGGUGAAAGAAAAUCAAUUAUGUCAAUCUAAAAUUGACACAUUGCACAGGACAUCAGAAAAUAUCAGAGAAGAACAGAAAAAAAUUGAAUUGCAAUUUAAAGAUAGUCAAACUAAGCUAUUAGAUAAGGUGAAAGAAAAUCAGCUAUGUCGAGCUGAAGUUGAUACAUUGCAAAGGACAUCAGAAAAUAUCAGAGAACAAAAGAACAAAAUUGAAUUGCAAUUUAAAAAUAGUCAAACUAAGCUAAUAGAUAAGAUGAAAGAAAAUCAGUUAUGUCAAUCUAAAAUUGACACAUUGCACAGGACAUCAGAAAAUAUCAGAGAACAACAGAAAAAAAUUGAAUUGCAAUUUAAAGAUAGUCAAACUAAGCUAUUAAAUAAGGUGAAAGAAAAUCAGCAAUGUCGAACUGAAGUUGAUACAUUGAAUAAGACUUUACCCAAUACUAUUAUUCCAUCAAGUUGCUCUCCUUUUGGAGAUUAUCCUGGUAUUCAUGAAAUAAGAGUUUCUGGAGUUGGUUUCUUCGAUGUUUUAUGCGAUAGUCAGUUAGCUGGACCUGGAUGGAUUGUAAUACAACAGCGAGUUGGGGGAAUUGAGUGUUUCAAUAGAGAUUGGGCAACGUAUCGCAAAGGUUUCGGCUCUUAUAAUAGUGAUUUCUUCCUCGGAUUGGAGAAAAUACAUCGUAUCACGAGCUUGCAACGUUCCGAACUGUAUAUACAUUUGGUUGCUGUGAAUGGGACUGUUUACUUCGCUCGUUAUGACGACUUCAAAAUAUCUAAUGAAGACAAUGGAUACAAACUGAGUUUGGGUAAAUUCAAGGGAAAUGUUUACGAUGGAAUGAGAUACGGUGACAACAUGAAAUUCUCAACAUUUGAUCGCGAUAAUGAUUAUGGCGGUGGUAAUUGCGCGAAGGAAUUUAGUAGUGGUUGGUGGUACAACUCUUGUUAUGUUUGUAAUUAUAAUCUGAAACAUUUAAUUCACCUAUUGAUCGAACUUAAAGAAAUUAAGAUGUUAAUACGCCCCAAGCAAUGAGCAAAUGAAGAACUGUAGAGCUGGAAAUUUGAUGUUUGACUCUUUUUUGUAAUCGUUUAUAUGUAUAUGUAUACUUUCUUAAAAAAUACUCUAUAGAUUACAAAUAUUAAAGGAGAUCUGUUUUAAUUGCA